AUGGCUUCCUCUGCAUUGAAAGUAUUUGGAGAGACUUCAACAUAUUUGCCUCCAUUGCCUGCUCUGCGAGAUUUUAUUAAAAUAUAUCGUUUAAAUGCAGACAGAGCUUUGAGUCAAAAUUAUUUAAUGGAUAUGAACCUUUGCAGAAAAGUAAAGUUUUUUUUUAUUUUAAAUUAA